AUGUUGUACUGUCGGGAAGAGGAGGAGACGAAGAUGAAAGUCAACAAAGAAAUGGAGUUAGAAACACUAAAACAUCCCCUGCAGAAUACAUGGAGCUUUUGGAUGUACACGAACACCUCGAAGAUUUGGGAGGAAAACCUGGUGGAGAUGACAACAUUUAACACCGUUGAAGAUUACUGGUGCUUGUACCACCACAUGAAGACGCCGUCGGAGCUUCAACUGGGGCAGGACUACGCGAUAUUCAAGAAGGGCAUUCAGCCGAAGUGGGAGGACCGCGUGAAUAAACCUGGCGGCCGGUGGCUUAUCACGCUGGACAAGAAGCGAACGGCCGACCUCGACAACGUUUGGCUGUAUACGGUUCUCAGUCUUAUUGGGGAAAACUUUGAGAAUACCGACGAAAUAAGCGGAGUGGUUGUCAACGUUCGACCAAAAAGUAAAGUGGGCAUCUGGGUCAAAAAUUUAAAAAAUGAAAAGGCAAACUUGGAGAUUGGUCAUCGGCUACAGCAGCAACUGCCAGUAAACGUAAAAUUACUAUUUCACGCGCAUAAUUCAAGCAUUAAUAUAUAUUCAUUA